CUAAUUCCAGGAAUGACGCCAACUUCGAAUGCAUAUCGGCGUCUUGUUGUCAAUAGCCGCUGACCGAUGGGAUCGUCACUUUCAAUAUGGCCGGCUACAGCUUCAUGAAAUGCUUAGGAUGUUUCGCGGUUUUUGCAGUGAUUACUGGCAAGGUGGCUGGAGAACUGGCAAUUGUCCAUGCAAAAGGACCUUUUGGCACAGUAGAUGCAUGUGCACUUUAUAACCCACAUUUUGGAUCAUUACCACAGAAGCUAGAAGAGACACCCGGCUAUCUAGCCUUUAUGCCGUUCCGUCAAGAUGGAUGCUCUGACUAUAAAAACGUUGCCAGGUUCUGGAAUGCAACCUCUUUUGUUUAUGCUGGAAACUGCUCCAACUACCAGAAGCUCACCAAGGCUCAACAGGCUGGUGCCAAACAGGUCAUAAUUGUCAGUAAAACAGGGAAUGAUUACCCCCAUGGGACAAAAGACCAGUUCAAUUACAUUCACAUACCAGCUGGUAUGAUCACAGAGGCAUCAUGGCAUGUCAUGCAGAACCUUGGCGAGCCGAUGACAGUACAGUUCUGGCAUCCUCAUGAUCCACUAUUUGAUCCAAAUCUUUCCGUUAUUUGGUUAUUGGCGUGCUUUAGUGUCGCGGUUGGAGCAUACUGGAGUGGAAUAACAACCAUUGACAGAGAUCACGACCUUGGCUCAAACAUUUUUGACAUGCAUCACUGGGGCUUGGUUAAUCCGAUCGAAAAGAAAAUAUCACACAGACUGGGAAAGCAAGGAGAUUCCUUGACCGAAGCUGAAGAAGAAGAGGAUGCCCUCAAAAUCACGCCAGUAACGAUCGUCGUUUUCAUUGGUGUAAUUUGCAGUUUUUUGCUACUUUUAUACUUCUUCUACAAGUACCUCAUAUAUGCUGUCAUUGGCCUAUUUGCCAUAGCUGCCUGUAACGGAACAUUUGAUUGUCUGCGGGCGAUAAUCAGCCAAUACAACGUCUGUACGGCCACGACCCCGACUCUUCCAAUUUUUAAAAGCAAGGUUGAAUUCCGAUCUUUAUUCGUUUUGGCCUUAUCAGCCGCUUUAACUAUUUGGUGGAUAGUAGAGCGGCAUGCAUCGUAUUCCUGGGUCUUACAAGAUAUCCUCGGCGUUUGCUUCUGUAUCAGUCUUAUUAAACUGAUCAAGUUGCCCAGCCUGAAGAUCAGUGCAUUGCUGCUCGUCGCUUUGUUGGUUUAUGAUAUAUUCUUUGUUUUCAUAACGCCGCUAUUCUCAGCACGAGGCAAAAGUGUGAUGGUAGAGGUUGCUACAGGUAAAGGUAGCAACGAACAAUUGCCUAUGGUUAUAAGAGUGCCUAAAUUGAUAAAAUCUGCGCUGUCAUUAUGCGAAAGGCCGUAUUCAUUGCUUGGUUUUGGAGAUAUUUUACUGCCAGGACUUUUCGUGGCAUUUUGCAAAAAUUUUGAUAUCAUCGCUUCCACUCCUAAAAGCAUUUAUUACAUAACAUCAUUAAUAGGUUAUGGUGGUGGCUUAAUAGUCACAUUUACCGCACUAGUUUUGAUGAAAACUGGCCAACCAGCAUUGCUGUACUUAGUUCCCUGUGUUCUAAUUCCUGUCAGCAUUGUUGCGUUGCUACGGAAACAGUUUAGCAGUAUGUGGCAUGGCGCAGUGCCACUUGAAGUUACGCCUAAUCGCAGAGAUACCCAGGAGUCUCCAGAUAAGGACAUAGAGGCCACGAAGGUGACGGACCAAACGCCACAAAACGAACGAAGACCGCUUUUACCGGUCACUGAUAACCACUGAUCGGUAUUUUAUUAGUAAAUAUUCAAUGGCAGAAGCCAGAAACUGGUAAUAGUUUACCGGCUCAAAGUCGGUUUGAUCGUCAAAGUAUGUGGGUGACCGUACUCUGAUAGAGCUAAUUAACCAUGCUACCGAAAAUUCUAUAUCGAAAAUUGAUGGUCCCCCUUUACAUUUUUAUAAGCCCCACCCUGCAAUAAGCCCCUCCUCUCCCCCCAAACAUGCAAAUUUUGGCGUUGAAGUAAGCACUUAUGAAAAGACAACAGAAAAAUUCACCAUUAUAGUCCAUAGUUAGUAAGUUCAGCGGUUAAUGAAGAAAUCCUUGAUGAAGCGGAGUGGAACGGAACAUUGAUGAAGAGACGGCCGAAGGCAAUGAAAAUAUCUUUGUUUGGACCAGCAGAUUUGAUUGCUUUGAUUUUAACGCAAGUAAAGUACGACAAUCAAACGGACAUUUUAAAUCGGCCCGACUUAGUGAAAGUCCGGGUUAUCCUAGGUUAGGACUUUUGAUUUGAAUAAGCUGGGACCUAUCGAAAAUUUAAAAUCGGUCCGACUUAGAUUAAGUUCAAACUUAUCAGGGCCACGACCUUCAACUUGAAUAAGGCCCGGUUUAAUGGACAUUUAAAAUCAGUCCGACUUUAGCGAAUAUCCCGUUUCCCUGUUGUACCAUCUUUGACUCGAAACAGGCAGGAAAAACCAAAAUACAUUGAAACUGAGAAGUACUUAGUGAAUGCCGAACUUAUCGAGAUUCAACUGUAGGUAAUAUCACUUUUAAGCGUUUUGAAGACCAGUUUCCGUGGAACCGGGUUUCCCUCUAUAUAAAGAAAAUCAACAGUGAAUAGGCCAGAUUCCGGUUUGCCGAUUUGCGCAUGCGCUUAGACAUUCUGUGUAAUGAAGUCAAAACUUAAUUUGUGAAGUACGAUAUGUUUGUCUCUGAAUUCCUUGAGGUGAAAAUUAAUACAUUUGUUUGUCAAUUUCAUAUUUUGGCAUUCGCUCCAUUCCGGUGCAAUUCCGCGUAUGUUAUACUACUUUGGACCGAUAGAUUCUUAAAUAAAUCUUAAAAAAUAACAGUUUUUCCAACUCUAUUCUAUUGUUCAACAGAAUUUCAAAAUAACGAUCCACAUUGGCCUUUUUUCGUGUACACGUUAAUUGGGCCUCAAGAAAAAUCCAUAUAUUUCCCCUUUAAGUCGUUUAUUUUUCAGAAUAAUUAUGCUAAUCUAUUACAAUUUAUGAUAAUUAUCCUACUGUUUCAAGAUCCCUUAACCGUAUCCCAAAUCAUAAUCUGAAACCGUGUCUGAAUUAUGCUAAUUAAUUUUUAUAUAUGCUAAUUUACAUAAUUUAUGUAAAUUAUAUUCGGGUUCAUUUAUAAGAAAUUUUGAAAGUAAAUUGCAUUUAAUACGUCUAGGCACCGUUGGCACUUCUUGGGAAAAAAUUCUUCGUAUAAGCGUGGAGAUUGUCCUACGGCUCAUCUUUGAAAUUUAACUUCAUAACAAUUUUUUUUAUUCAGAGAAAUUAAUAACAAUAAAAUUUUAUAUUGACUAUACUACCCUAAUUACUGUACUACACAACGGGGACGAUACCACGAGGAGCGUCAGACAAUGACUACCCCAUGGCCGAUACAUAAAAACACACAAUAUUAAACAAGGAUAGAAAGAAAGAUUACUAAAAUUAGGUAGACUAAUUACGAAUACAGAGUAAACAGACAAAAAGUAGAUGCUGAUGUAUAGGAGUGUGCAGCAAUGGAAUAUUUGAAAGCGUUCUGAGGCAUGAAUGAAUUUGAGCGUUGCCUGAAGUAACUUCUAAUUUGUGUCAAUGGUUAGUCGCUCAUCACCAUACAAAAUGAAUUUGAGUAAAGCUUCAUUUGAAAGAGAUGAAAAACCACGAGGGAGCAAUAUUGCAUUCACACUAUUGAGAAGAUCAGAUCUAGGCCGGUUAUACGAAUGACAGAGUUAAACGAAUGACUUUGUAACGAUGAUCUUACGACAAACCUAAUGGAGUUCAGCUAAACCUCCUCACACAAGCCACCUGUAAGAAAACAUGUGUUCUCCUUUCUAAGGCAUUCCCUGCCCUUUCAAAAUUUCUUUUGUAACCGAUUAUCUUUCUACGAAUCGAAAUUCUAAAGAAGGGUUUAGAUUUGUAAAAGUGAAUAUUUUAUAAAAGUCAAAAAUUCCAAUCAACUUGCGGUAAACUUAGUAAAUACGAUAUAAAGCAAUGAGAAUUCAACUUUUUUUGGUCAAAUAUAAUGUUACUUGGGAUAGAAUUCACGCUU